ACGUGUGCAAGAAGCAUCAUGGCUGCAGUUAAGGUAGUUGCUGGAACUGCUGAAGCUGGGUAUGCUAACGGAUCAAGACACGAAGCUCGUUUUAACAAUCCAAUGGAAAUGGUACUGAAGCCUGAUCGAACACUGCUAGUUGCUGACAGCGGAAAUCAUUGCAUCAGACAAAUAACAGCGGAUGGCGUGGUUACACAUUACGCUGGAAAAGCAGGGAUAACAGGGAACACUGACGGUCAUAGAUUAAAGGCACGUUUUAACACUCCAACGGGUCUUUGCCUUACAAAGGAUGGCUCUUUGAUAGUUGCAGACACUGACAAUGGCACCAUUAGAAAGAUUGACUCACAAGGCAUUGUGAGCACAGUAGCCGGGAAGGCUGAGAGGACUCGGAUGAAGGAGACUUAUAAAGAUGGUCCAGGGUUUGAGGCUAGGUUCUGUAAACCUACCAGUGUGGAAGUCUGCGAAGAACCAUCUGGCAAAGACUUUAUUUUUGUCAGCGACAAUGCAUAUCAUUACUCUAUCAGGUAUGGGUACUUACGGAAAGUGACACUUGAAGAGGGUGAUUACCAUGUUACUACAAUCAGCAGCAAUGAUAAUGGAUAUUUUCAAUGUCCAAAAUUUGCCAAAGCGUCAGAACUGACGUUGAAUUCUCCGGAUCAAAUAUGCAAUUCAACCUUGCAAGACUUCUCCUUCUACGUCAUUGAUAAGUGUGAUCAAACACUUAUUAGAGUCUCAUUCAGCAGCAGCACAGAUGAACUUGUUGUCUUCAAAUCAACUUGCAGUAAUAUUCCACAAUCUCAUCAUGGUCACUGUGGAGUGGCAGUUGAUUCUUCUGAAAAUGUGUAUGUUGUUUCUACUGCAACAAAGGCUGUUGGAGUGUUGUCUCCGCUAGGUGUUUGGGGCACCUUAGUUCUUAGUAAUGCCACAGAUUUGCUAUCUCCAUCUCGGCUCCUGUUUGACGUAGAAUCAAACUGUCUGUUUGUGUCUCAACAGCACAGCAUACUCAAAAUUGUUCUACCCAUGACAAGACAGUCUAUUCCAGAUUGCAAAUUAAUUCAAAGUCUGGGCACAAUCAUUGAUAAAGGCAAUGGAGCUGACGUUGUCAUCACAGUUAGUGAGCGUAAGCUCCAUGCUAUUAAAGAGAUCUUGUGUCAAAAAUCUCUCUAUUUUCAGCGAAUGUUCUCUACUCCCAUGAGAGAGUCUGCACGCAAAUCUCAGUCCUCAUCUAUAGCCAUUCAUGACUCUUCUUUUGAAGCAGUGAGGGCUGUUAUAUUUUGGAUAAUGUUCGAUGUCAUGAUACUAACCACUGAAUCAGAUGUUGACAAUAUUGUUGACACUUUCCGUCUAGCUGACAGCUACCUUCUUAACGAGUUGAGAGACAAAUGCGCUGCACUCCUUAUGAGAUGCAUUGGUAUGGCAAACGUGUUUGACCUACUGAAUCUGGCUGAGAAGACAUCACAUGUGCUGUUAAAGAUGGCUGCCAUUGACUUUAUAUUGGAAAACUUGAAAGCGGCUAGGAGACAACCCAAGUUCAAUGACAUAAACACUGAAGUCAUGAAGCUUAUUCUGAGUCAAGUCAAACUUUGACUAUUUCUACUAGCACUAAUGUUUUCUGAUCACAAAUUGAAUUUGCUAUGUUUAGAAAAAUGAGCACAGUAUAAACACACAUAAAUAAGAUCAGAAGAUGUACAUCAUGCAUUCCUUUGCAGGUAGGACAUCAAGCA